UUCGCAAUAUUCAAUGAAUGGACACGGAGACGACUUGGAGGAAUGGAAAGUACUUUGGCUUUGAGAGCGUUUCAGCACCACUUUCGCUGGACAGCGCAACAGCUUUUUCCACUUGGCAUCGCGCGAUCGGAGAUUUCCUUCUGAUUUUUCGUACGCGGGGAAUGGAGCUUGGCGAAUUGGGGGGCCAUCGUACCCAAAAAUCUGUUGAGGUGAACAUGCAGGAGAUGUCUGGCAACAGAAGCGGCAGAUAGAAGAACGGAAGGCACUCACAGGUGAGUGAAGCUUUGUGUUCAGAGUAAAAGAGUUCCCCAGCCACCAUCACCAGAAGAUAGGGAGACUGGAAACCCAGAGAAAGCAAGUGACCAAAAACUUAAGGUUAACUUUUUAAUCUCAUCAAAAGAGCCAUAGGAAGUUCUGUGAUAGGAGAUAAAACGGAUUGACACAGGACUGCUCCCUAAAGAACCUGAUGAGCAUUCCAUUCAAUUAUAUACACAUCUCAAAGUGACAUAACUAUGAACUUUAAAAAACUCCUCCAUUGACCCAUAAACUGAAGUGACACAUCUCAGAUAAAAAAAGACACACAACCGGAUUGCUGCAAUGUCUCCAUCCAUGGGCAAAAUUGUUGGAUGGACCAGCCAUCACAAUCAGGCCUCAACGUUGGUUCUUCUCUACCUCUUCCUAAUUGCAUUGGCUGCAAGGCCCAAAGGUCCAGGACACACACAUCUGAACUCCAUCCGGAUUGAUGGGGACAUCUCCUUGGGUGGCCUGUUUCCAGUUCACGCUCGUGGCCAUGAGGGCAAACCCUGCGGUGAGCUAAAAAAGGAAAAGGGGAUCCAUCGUCUGGAGGCAAUGCUCUUUGCUCUGGACCGCAUCAACAAUGACCAUGAACUGCUUCCAAAUAUCACUCUGGGAGCCCGCAUUCUGGACACGUGCUCGCGGGACACCCAUGCUUUGGAGCAGUCACUCACUUUUGUUCAGGCCCUCAUUGAAAAGGAUGGGACAGAUGUCAAGUGCCAAGGUGGUGGAUCACCCAUCAUUACCAAGCCUGAAAGAGUGGUGGGCGUCAUUGGAGCUUCGUCCAGUUCCGUGUCCAUCAUGGUGGCAAACAUCCUCCGCUUGUUUAAGAUUCCUCAGGUGAGUUAUGCCUCCACAGCGCCCGAGCUGAGUGACAACACACGUUAUGACUUCUUCUCCCGUGUGGUACCUCCAGACACCUACCAGGCACAGGCAAUGGUGGAUAUUGUUCGGGCCAUGCGAUGGAACUAUGUGUCCACUGUGGCAUCUGAGGGGAAUUAUGGAGAGAGUGGCGUGGACGCCUUUAUCCAAAAAUCCCGGGAAGACGGUAGUGUUUGUAUCUCACAGUUGGUGAAGAUUCCCCGUGAGCCAAAACCAGGAGAGUUUGAUAAGAUAAUUCAGAGGCUGGGAGAAAAUCCAAAUGCAAGAGUUGUUAUUAUUUUUGCAAAUGAGGACGAUAUAAGGCGGCUUCUGCAGGCAGCAAAGAAAGCCAAUCAGACGGGUCACUUCCUGUGGGUGGGGUCAGAUAGCUGGGGCUCGAAGAUAUCGCCUGUUCUUCACCAAGAGGAAAUGGCAGAGGGAGCCGUCACCAUCCUACCCAAACGACAGUCCAUUAAAGGCUUUGAUCGCUACUUCACCAGUCGAACGCUUGAGAACAACCGGAGGAAUAUCUGGUUUGCCGAGUUUUGGGAGAACAAUUUCAACUGCAAGCUCAGUCGCCAUGCCUUAAAGAAAGGAUCUGGUCUUAAGAAAUGCACAAAUCAAGAAAGGAUUGGACAUGACUCAUCCUAUGAGCAAGAGGGCAAAGUGAUGUUUGUGAUUGAUGCUGUUUAUGCAAUGGCCCAUGCCCUCCACAACAUGCACAAAGACCUCUGUCCUGGAAAGGUGGGACUCUGUUCUAAAAUGGACCCCGUUGAUGGAACCCUCCUGCUAAAGUACAUUCGCAAUGUCAAAAUAUCAGGCAUAGCUGGCAAUCCAGUGCAGUUCAACGAGAACGGAGAUGCCCCAGGCCGCUAUGAUAUCUACCAGUACCAGAUAAACAAAACGGCCGAAUACAAAAUCAUCGGCCACUGGACUGACCAGCUUUACCUAAAUAUGCGGGCAAUGCAAUGGCCUGGUGGGGGAAAGCAGGUGCCGACAUCCAUUUGCAGUCAGCCCUGCAAACCAGGAUGGCGCAAGAAAAUCGUUAAGGGCAUUUCCUGUUGCUGGCACUGCGAACGUUGUGAUGGUUACCAGUACCAAGCUGACCUCUACACCUGCAAGAUGUGCCGCUUUGAUCUGAGACCCAACAAGAACCACACAGGUUGCCAGCCCAUCCCUAUUGUAAAGCUGGAGUGGAGCUCACCUUGGGCAGUCAUACCUGUCCUAAUUGCCAUUCUUGGCAUCAUGGCCACGCUUUUUGUGGUGGUCACCUUCAUCCGCUACAAUGACACACCAAUUGUCAAGGCAUCCGGCCGAGAGCUCAGUUAUGUCCUGCUUACAGGCAUCUUUCUGUGUUAUGCCACCACUUUCCUUAUGAUCUCCACCCCAGAUGUUGGGAUUUGCUCACUGCGGCGAAUUUUCCUAGGGCUCGGAAUGAGUAUCAGCUAUGCAGCGUUACUUACCAAGACCAACCGUAUUUAUCGGAUUUUUGAGCAGGGGAAAAUGAUGGUCAGUGCGCCACGAUUCAUCAGUCCAGCAUCACAGUUGGUAAUCACCUUUAGCUUGAUCUCAGUUCAGCUCCUAGGAGUGUGCAUCUGGUUCGCAGUAGACCCUUCCCAAGCUCUCAUUGACUACGAGGACCAACGUACGGCAGAUCCCGAGAUGGCUCGUGGAGUUCUAAAGUGUGAUAUUUCGGAUUUGUCACUCAUCUGUCUUUUGGGAUACAGUAUGUUACUGAUGGUCACGUGCACGGUUUACGCCAUCAAGACACGAGGGGUUCCCGAGACCUUCAAUGAGGCCAAGCCCAUCGGCUUCACCAUGUACACCACCUGCAUCAUCUGGCUCGCUUUUAUCCCCAUCUUCUUUGGGACAUCGCAGUCGACGGAAAAGAUGUACAUACAAACAACCACACUGACCAUCUCGGUGAGUCUGAGCGCAUCUGUGUCUCUUGGAAUGCUCUACAUGCCAAAAGUUUACGUGGUGCUCUUCCACCCGGAGCAGAAUGUGGCGAAGCGGAGCACUCGCAGUCUGAAAGCUGUGGUCACUGCUGCCACCAUGUCUAACAAGUUCAACCCCAAGGUCAGCCUCAGGCCCAACGGAGAAGCCAAGUCUGAGCUGUGUGAGAACCUGGAAACUCAGGGACUCAGCCCUAAACAAACGUACAUCAGCUACAGCAACCAUGCAAUCUAGGUAAAUGAUAAAAGGCCACUACCAAAUCCCAGAAGUGACCCCUGGAAGACAGCAUUUCAAGAUAAAUCACUCACGUUAGCCAGCUGGAAGUGAGAUACCGGCCGGAUGGUUUGAAGACCCUACAGACAUGUUUCCAUUUAUGAAGCUUAUAUAAAGCCACAUAGGGAGCACCUGGGGAGGCCAUGACAGUUGAGACGGUUGUGUUGAAAUGACGGUCUGUCACCCAAUUCCAUUACAGCUUGCUCUAUCUACUCCAGAUGUCAUUGUUAAAGUGAAACACACUAAUUAAGGAACACAUGUCAGUGUCUGCUGUUUCAUUGAUGCUAACACUAUGUGGUGGCUAAAAAAAAAAAAAAAAAAGAUAAAAAAAAUAAUUUAUAGAUUUUUCUUUUGUUUUCUCUUUGGUGAUGGCAACAGCAAAGACAGUGAUCAUUGUUUACAGAUGUUGAGCAUGCUGGUUUUGACAUCCUGUGCUGUGUUGUUUUUUCUUUCUUUUUUCUUUUCUUAAAAAAAUAAAUAAAAAUACCCUUCUGGAAUGCUGUUGAAAUAUUUUGCUGUAUUGUUACCUCACCAUGGGCCUUGUGAAACUGUUAAAAAUGUACUCUUUGGAGUAAUGUUUGCUUGUGCAUAAGUACACACUUUUGAGAAACUCAAAUUUGCCCUGUUGUCGAAUUGUUCUAUUGCUGUCACAGUCACCUCUGCGUUGCCAAAAUCCAAAAUCACAAUUUAGAAAUGGCACAGUGUCAACUCAGAAAGAGACCCCGGGAAGGCUUGAGAUACUGUAUUGGAAUCUACAUCCACCGGAUCCGGAAAGAGCAAGUUUCAUUUGGCGAGUAAGUUACACAUAUAAGAAUACAGCUAUAACCAUUUUAAGCAUCAACAAUCUCCAGUUGAAUACUAUAGUUCCAAGAUGCUUUGGAGAGAGUAGAUGAGGGGAUAAAGUUUUCAUAACAAGAAAUGUCAGGUGAUAAGAGAGAGACGAGCUGUUUGUCUCUUUUAGAUGUUUGUGAAAUUAGGAUUCAGUUCUUAUGAUUUCAGUUUGUUUUUGCACUGUUUGUGCUGCAGAAUAAAAAUGUCUAUGUUGACCGUGAUAAAUGGCAACUUAAUGUGUGUUCCUGAUUGCUAAUGUUUGCGUUUCAAUCUAAAAAAAAAGUAAAAAAAAAAAAAAGUCAGAAACAGUGCCUGAAUCAAAGUAUUUGUAAAAUAAGACAUAUGAGGUAUGUGAAGCAUGUUCAUUUU